AUGAGUGAUUACUUGAUUCACGUGGAAGUGCUUCAGAAGCGACACAGUAUUGCCGAUGAGUCGGAAAUACAGGGUUUGGUCACCGAUUGGGUCCACUGUAACCAAGAAUGGGAUCAAAUGGUGAAACAAUUGGCCGAACGGAAGGACUCGUAUCUAUUGAUUGAUAAAUUGCCGAAACAAUUGUCCCCUAAUGUCGAGGCCAUCAAUAUAUCGCUCACUCGUCGAUGUGUGCCAUCGGAUGACACAAGUGGCCACACGUGGCAGUUGUCGGACACAAGCCGUACACUCAAGUACUACUUGUAUCGACUCAACUACGAUAGCGUUACCACCGAUGAGAUGGAGACCAAUGAGGAACAGUUGCCGUCAGCACAGCAUACGAUACUGCCGUCCAUCGAGUUUCACGGUUUGUGGGAAAGUCUUGUGUACGACCUCCACAUCAAAGACCAAUUGCUUGAGUUUGUGUUAACGGCACUCAUGUUCGCCGACAAAGGAGUGGACAAUAAGCUAAUCAACUGGAAUAAAGUGGUGUUACUUCACGGCCCGCCCGGCACUGGCAAGACAUCGCUGUGUCGCGCGUUGGCCCACAAGCUGUCCAUUCGUCUGAAACACCGCUACAAGAGUUCGCAACUCAUUGAAAUCAAUUCCCACUCACUCUUCAGCAAAUGGUUCUCAGAGUCGGGAAAACUUGUGAUGAAAUUGUUUGAACGCAUCAAAGAGUUUGUCGAGUUUGACGAUCAGCUGAUUCUCGUGCUUAUCGAUGAGGUGGAGAGUCUGGCCCACACCAGACAGGUGUCGGCCAAUGGCAGCGAGCCAUCCGAUGCCAUACGUGUGGUGAACGCACUGUUGACCCAAUUGGACGGCAUUAAGAACUACACGAACGUUGUUGUGUUGACCACAUCCAACGUGACGGGAGCCAUAGACCUGGCAUUCGUGGACAGGGCUGACAUCAAACAGUACAUCGGUUUGCCGUGCGUUGAGACCAUUUACGAGAUCUAUCGCUCGUGUAUUCAAGAGUUGGUCAAAACGAGUAUCGUUUCGUGCGAUGAAUCGAUUCUGUCUUACAAUCAACUCAAAUGCUCGGCACAAACGGGCGAAGCGUUGGGCACAACAUUUGCCGGUAAUUACAAACUGUUGCAAAUCGCCGAACAGAGCGUUUCGCUCAGCGGUCGUACUCUCAGGAAAAUACCGUUUCUGGCCAUCGCUUUGUUCUCUUGCGGACAAAUUCCCAUUAAUUUCCCGCUGUUUCUCGAUUUUAUGGCCAAAACUGUGACCAAACAAUUCGAUGACAGAAAUGGCCUCAAAUGA